AUGCAACAAAUUGGUCGUGACGAAGUUUAUCGCAAGAAAGUCGAGAGUUAUCUGAAAGCAAACAAGAUGUUUGUCGACUGCUACGAUCCUGCCAGCAGGCCUGCUUACACUCAGCAUAGCCUUCUCAAAUCGUGUUCUUGCACAUCAGUUCCAUCGUUAUCACACCACAAAGUUUUCCCUGUCACGUAG